AUGGCGAGUCAGUCGGAAGACGAAGAAGGCUCGCUGAUACUCGGAUCACUCCACUCGCGAAGCCAGCGCAGGAGACAACGAACCAACUACUUCGAAGCACUCAUGACCACCAACAACAACGAGGAGGAGGAAGAAGACUGCAGUCCACCAUCAUCCUCACUCCCAUCGGUCAUCAUCCCACGAAACACAACCGAACAAGCAACGAACCCAGCAGAACCCAGAACGAACCCAGCAGAACCAACAACGAACCCACCAGAACCAACCGACGGACUAGCAGAACCAGCGAACCCACCCGAACCGACAGCAGAACAUGAACAGCCACCCCAGAGAGCAUUCAGAGCCAGGAAGCCAAACCAACUCAAGCCAUUCACAACAGAGACCAGGGCAUACAUCUCCAAACUAAACCACAACGGAUGGCAGGACGCAGUAGUCAAGAACCCCAAACUAAACAACAGAACCGACCCACCCUCGCCAGCACUAUCCAUCAACCUCAGCCAAGCAGAAGAAGAAGAAGAACACGAAUCAGAAGAACAGGAAUCACUCCCCGAACUAUCCCAAAUCGCACAGUUCUGUCCGAGGAAAUUCCACAACAGGCCGCCGCCCAGGAACAAGCCCAAAGCCAAUAACCAGCCACAGCAUCGACCAUCAGAAUCUGCCAACCAACAAGCACCCUCAGAUCGAACCACACACCCAUCAACAACUCACACCUACCGAACACCGCAGAGAGCCCCUUCAACCACCCACACCCCCUCCCAGCAAUCCAUACCCAGUCCAUCACUCCCAUCCUCCCCAUCCAUCGUCUUCCAAUCCAACCAAGCAUCUCCCCUCCAGUCAACCAGCCGAAAACGUACCGCAUCCCUUCAGGGCCAGGCCAACCCAAAGAAGCGCCACUCUCGUCCGCUUUCCCCCAAGUCGCGAGCCCCCAGGCAAAACAAUCACUCAGCCGAUCGCCAUCUCAAGACCAAAAACCGAAAAUCAUCGGCUUCAGCAGACACGAUCCAGCCACGAAAUCAUGGCAAGUCGAAAGCCAAUCUACCCAAACAUUCAGCACGGGCUACUCUUCUCAUCUCUUCACGUGUCAGCCAGAACCCAUCCUCAAAGGCUUCCCACGCCGUCUCUCCGCCACUGAGUACCAUCUCCCUCAAGAGCGACCAUGUGCUUUGGAAGACCUACGAAUCCGCAAACGGGCGUUCGAGACUCAAGCUCGCCCCUCCAGGCUUGCGCGACGACGACAGGACGGAGAUCGAGCUGCCGGAAGUUCCGAUUUGGCAGUUCAAGGACUUCUCGCCCGACUUUGGGAUCAGUCGAAUACCUGCCCACCUGAUGAUCACCAGCCAGGUGGGCUAUCUGAGCGACGGCCAUAUCCCAGAUUUGAUCAGCCUUCUCGAUGGAUCAAGCCAGUACGCGAUCGUCGACCCGGCCGAGAUCUUUGAGCAAAGCUUUUCAGGGUUUAUGACCCUUGAAGAAUGGCACGAACGUCUCCCUACGAUGGCUGACCGAAUCCACGACGAGCUUAGUGGAUGGCUGGCCAAUGACCCGCAGCGAACGAUGGAUGCAUUGAAUCAGACGGCCAGAUGGUUCAUGUUCAUGGGCCGGUGGAUCACCUCGGUCGGCUUUGACGACCGACUGUUCGACUCGCUGCUCGACUGGAUCGACAGGCUGCUCGACCGGAUCGAUGACCUCGCCGUCGACGCUGUCAAUCGGUCCGAGUAUAGCAACCUACUAUUGGUCACCAGUUGGGGCAUCUUCGAGCUCGUCGUCCGGCUGGAGCUCCGUAGUCGACGACGGCCACUCCACGGCGCCCGGUCACUGCGGACCCUUCUCGAGCUUGGCCAUCGUUCACUCUACCACCUCCUCAGACGUCUCCUGGAGUAUGGACCCCCAGUGACGAUGGGCAAGUUAAGGGCUUACGCCUCUGACGACGAUCGGGAGGGCAAUCUGUUCGACGUCUCCAUAGAGGUCUGGGCCGCCUUGCUCAGCAUCAUCCUGGCGCCGAUCGGCGAUGGCUUGAGACCGGAAUACCUGCUGAUCGAGAGUUUCUGGACCAUGAUCAUCGACGGGACCCGGGUUCACGCCCAGAGGAUCGAAAUAAGCCAGCUGGCAUGUGGAGAGGCGGUCAGUUAUCUGUCGAUGAUGCUUUGUGCGAUCUCCCAGAUCUUACCGAGUGGCCAGACGAUUGAGGCGGGCCGGAUGGAAGCGCAUUGGCCGGUACUCGUCGCCGCUCUGGGCAAGAUACCGGAGGGCAUUUUGGCCGAGAGGCUCGAGGUCCGGCCAGGUGAACGGCGCGACCGAUACAUACGCACCCUCUUCGCGCGCAUCUUGGUCUUCCACGAACGCUGGGACUGGGAGCUCUGCUUCGACGACGGGAUGGUCGAGCGGCUGUACAAGAUCCUGAACGCUGGUCGAUUCGAGAGACUUUCGAUCGAGCUCCCUAAGAUGACCCAGCGGUUCGGUGCCGUCGACAGUUUCCCACAUCUCUUAGAGGACAUCGAUCCGGACGAGCUGAAACAGAUCCUCAGCUCUGAAGACCUCUCGUUCAGAUUGAAUACCAAGAUGAGGGCAGACGACAGCUGUUUUGGGAUCUUUCUUAAGAUCCUCGUCCUCGGAUUCAGGGCCCUUCCCCGGCCGAUCGAAGCUUCCAAACAAAAGGAGAUCGAGAAGAUCAUCUCCCGCUGCAACCCACUACGCCAGUUAUCUUUCAAGCCCUCGCGAGAGCUGGGGCCGACGGAUCCGACGAUAAGCGAACAGAACCGGACGAGCUUGGUUAACCACUCCGCGCUCUUCCUGAUCUACUCGAUCCUGUUUCCUAAUACGCUCAAACGUCAAUGGUCGUUCCUCUGUAAUCUUUACAGUUUCGCCUCAAUCGACCAUCCCGCCCGAUCGACCCACUUGAAAAUCUUGUGCCAAUAUGCCAAGUUCUUGAAACCUUCUUCUUCGCCAUCAUCAUCAUCCAGUAUGGUCCAGGGGUUUGAGUACCUGAAGGUCAUUGUCAAGAAGUUUUCGGAGAACUUGACGCUCUUGAAGCUCGAAUACUCGAAACUGAAAGACAGAGAAUCAGCGAUUCAAGGACGUCUGACGACCACCUCUGGCGGUGCUUCUGCCGCGUCUUCUUCGAGGGAUAUCUUCAAGAAAGAUUCGGCUGAACAUGUCGCCCUUCGCCUUGAAUUGAGAGAAAUCACAGACUUGAUCAGUUCGCGAAUCCAACUCGUCACCCAAAUCUUCGAUUCCUUACUCCAUCUUUUCUCUUUCUACUCGCACGAUCUUUCUCUGGAUCUAGAAGAGUCAAGUCUGAUGAAGGAGAAGCAAGUGAUCAAGGCAUUCAACCAGUUAGCAUAUGCGCUACUAGAUCGACGGAAGGUGAAGAUGGCAGAAGUGAUGGAGGACGAGAGACGGGUCCUGGCGAUCGAGGCCCAGCUGAGGGAAGCUUGUCGGGUGGGAGCGGGGGAUGGAGAGGAGCUUGCGUACGACGAGCUAGUGCUCCAAAAGAGCGAGCUGCAAGAGCAGAUCGAGGCGGUCUAUGGCCUCGACCGAGAGUUCGUCGAGCGGGCAGUCUCCGUCCUCCCGGGCCCGCUCACCAAAUCUCUCCAGUCCUUGAUCAUCGACCACCACGAUGAAGCAGCGGACGAGCACCAGCUCGGGUUCUUUUCUGUAGGGCUGCAGACGACGAGACUGUUGGGAAGGAUCGACAGACUCCGAGCGGCCCUCGAGCCGGGCUUCAAUUGGCUUGAGAACUUCAGAGCGGUCGAGCGCCGGCUGGCCGAGCCCGGCGGCUCCCCUCCCCAGACCAAGAGUAAGACGGUCUCGAAUAGCGUUCCCAAGAACAGGGACGGAUUGCGGAUGAUGACGCUGGCGAUGACUGGCCUGAUGAGCUAUCUGAUCGGCAACCUGAAUGGCUACUACGAACCGGCCGCGCAUCUCUCCCAGCCUCGCCAAGCCUCUCCAUCGUCUUCUAAUCCGAUGUCCGAUCUAGCUCAAGUCUAUCGAGGGCAAGUGCGGCUGGAAGUGUUGAAGGUAUGGAUCGACAGCCUGACCUUUGUCGAAUACUCCCUCCAGCUCCCGUUCUGCGCCUUCAUCGUCCGUCUCGAACACCACCUCGCCGCCCUUCCUGCCCCGCAUCCCGGCCACCAAGAUGAGCUCUAUGGCACAUUCGUACCCCCCGUCGACGCGUGGCAUCGCUGGCUCGGGCUCAAUCGCGUCCUCGAUCCGGCUGGCCGAGCCCCUAUUGGCCCCGAUCACGCCCUGGACGGAGAGCUCGAUUUCUUGCUCGGCUUGGGCGCGAGUGAGCGGGCGGCAGUCGCGUCGGCGUUCGAAUCCAAGCGGGUAGAGGUUUUUGAACUGAUUUUCGGGGAGAUGAAGAAACACCUGAGUCAGUCGAUCGAAGGGUCCUCAGAAGCAGCAGCGCCAGGGAAGAUGGGGCCGGAGAGACAUGUGCGGCUGUACAAGGAGAUCCUCGGCCGAGUCGCCGAGUCCGUCUCUACGCUCAACCGUCGCCUCGUCGUCCUCAUCGGUGCCCCGCACGACCCCGCCUAUCCCCUCCUCAAACCGCGCCUCGAAAAACUGCUUUCGUCCUGGAAGACCGCCGUCAAAGCCAUCUUUCUCGACGGCCUCGGCCUCACCCAUAACCCUGAUCCUAGCAAUGCCCCCUUUCGGGACCGGCCACAGGAUCAGAGUGGCGUCCAGUUAAACCGGUUCUUUAAUUUCGAGAGCUUUCCGAAACUCCGGAUCUUGAAAUCUUUCCUCGGCAUCGCUUAA